UCUGUGCACAGGAAGGGCACUAGUUGUUGGUGAUCGUAAAAACACGUGCCUUAACCCUUCAUACAUCAAUUUAACCGGUAGCAACCUGUUUUUUUAUUGCUGUUUGUCUAAUCAUGUUUGGCUAUUCUUUAGCUACGCAUUUCUCGCAAAAAUAGUGACCGGAAACCGAACUCACCCUGGUCGCUCGGUGAGGUUGUCUCUGCUAGGCAGGUUUGUUUGGGGAAUCAGGAAGCGACGGAGGCUGCCUGCAAAUGCUAAUGCACCCACUAGCGAGAUAGCUCCGUUGUGCAACGUUUGUUCAUCUGACAAUGUUGGCCUUGCAGUGGUUAUGGAUGUAUUAGGGUCCUGAUUGAACACACACAUCAUGGAAACGGAGGCUGCAGUCUCAACCCGUGGUCGUCCUGUGAUCCCCAACCACACUCAGGGGGACUAUCACUUUGUCCGCUCCUUCGUAGCUGGAGGUGUAGCAGGAUGCUGUGCCAAAUCUACCAUCGCUCCUCUGGACAGAGUGAAGAUCUUACUGCAAGCCCACAGUCCCCACUACAAAGACCUGGGUGUGGUAGCUACUUUCCGUGCCGUGCCAAAGAAGGAGGGUUACCUGGGGCUUUAUAAAGGCAAUGGGGCCAUGAUGGUCAGGAUAUUCCCUUAUGGAGCUAUCCAGUUCAUGGCCUUUGAUAAAUACAAGAAGAUACUCAGUAAACAGCUGGGCAUCUCUGGACACAUCCACAGGCUCAUGGCCGGUUCUAUGGCAGGGAUGACAGCAGUGAUAUGUACGUACCCUCUGGACGUGAUCAGAGUCCGUCUGGCUUACCAGGUAAAAGGACACCAUCGCUACACGGGCAUCGGAAAUGCCUUCCAGACCAUAUACCUAAAGGAAGGAGGCAUCCCUGGCUUCUACAAGGGACUGAUCCCAACCCUUAUAGGCAUGGCUCCAUAUGCAGGGUUCUCGUUCUUUACCUUCGGCACGUUGAAGAGUCUGGGUCUGGUCCACUUCCCAGAGAUACUGGGACGACCGUCCUCAGACAACCCAGAGGUGCUGGUUCUGAAGACCCACGUCAACCUGCUCUGUGGAGGGGUGGCCGGAGCUAUCGCACAGACCAUAUCCUAUCCUCUGGAUGUUGCCAGGAGAAGGAUGCAGUUAGGAGUGGUGCUUCCUGAAUCUGACAAAUGUCGUACCCUGACCAAGACUCUGCAGUAUGUAUACAGUCAGUAUGGGGUGAAGAAGGGUCUGUACAGAGGCCUGUCUCUCAACUACAUCCGCUGUGUGCCCUCUCAGGCUGUGGCCUUCACCACCUAUGAGUUGAUGAAGCAAACCCUCCACCUCAACUAGCUGACCCUCCCCAUCCACCUUCACCCUUCAUCUCUGCAUAGCCGGACUGAGGCACGUUCACUGGGGAUAAACGUUCUGAAACAUUUAGAAAGAUCCCUAGCAGCUGUCUAUAUCUCAAAACAGCCUGACCGAGAGCGUUCGCUGGGGCUAUAUGUUCUGAAAUGUUAAGGGAAUAUUGGCUAUUAGAUUUGCCCUAGUAAAUGUUUUCAGUUUUAAAGAGGCCGGCUUCCAUUCGGAGGUAUUGACCCUUGCUACCAGAGGAGGCCAUUGUGGCUCAGCCACUGGAGCCGAGCUGACCCUAGUCGCUCUUUACCCCAGUCGGAAAGCAGAGGAAGGCUAGGCACUGGACCCCAUGGCAGUGCCAAUCCAGUGCCCAUGUCUGUGCCGGCUCCUGUGACUCUCUCUCCACCUCUUAUAAUGUUGUGCUGAAACCGCCCAACCUGUGGCUUGGCUUUGGACAACACACCGGCAACUAUUGCCAUGGAUACCUAUGGACAAUGACUUCCUCCGCUUCAAUGGGUGGCUAUGGGCAAUGAACCCCUAACAACACUUGUUGGUAAUGCCAUAGCAUCCCAAUUCUGUACACUGCCCCCCAUCCUACCCCACCACCCGCUCCUAAGAAGUCACCCAACCAAUGAAGGAGGGGAAAGUCACACCGGACAAUCUGGCUUAUCCAAACGGAGGUCUUCUUUUCCUCAUGUACCUACCUGACACUGUUGUGAGUACAAAUCUAGACACAUAAAUCAAUGAGACAAGGAUUUAAAUGUGCAAUAUGUCAGUUAUAAGAGUCCCGAUUCUAGGACAACUAUCAUACAUUUUAUGAGAAUAAAGAAACACUCUCCCCAAGCUUGUGUUGAACACAGAACUGUGCUUUUUGAGCAGCCUGUUUAAUAGAAUCCCAAUGAUAAAUCCCACAUCAUAUCAGUUUGUUCAAAACUGAACAUCAAAAUGUUUUUAUAUACACCCCCAAAAAGUCUUAUUGUCCAACAUCGAAACAGGUUUGCUUUCUAAUUUGUUCACCCAAUGCAGUUUAAAAGGUGUGUCUCUGUAGGAGUGUUGUCUUUGGUAUUGACGCGUGUGUGUGUUAAAGCGUCCAUUCAGGUUUCAGUGUGUAGUCUGCCUCUUGUCUAUGGUGCAGGUUAGAUUCAGGUUUCAGUGUGUAGUCUGCCUCUUGUCUAUGGUGCAGGUUAGAUUCAGGUUUCAGUGUGUAGUCUGCCUCUUGUCUAUGGUGCAGGUUUGGAGCCAAAUGCCUUGUUGUUGUAUACCUGCUGCUGUUUGUCUGUUGUGCCUCUGUGCACUUUCCCAAUCUUCUACCUGCAUAACCAAUAGACCAAUGAUGUGUAUUAUAUAAUUAAGCAAUAAGGCCCGAGGGGGUGUGGUAUAUGGCCAAUAUACCACGGCUAAUGGCUGCUCU